GGACAGGGCCGCCGAACUCCAGGCGGAGGUCAGGAGCGCGAUCAGGGUGCUGCACGGAUGGUGCCCCAGACCGCCCCAGGGGCACCGCGGUGACACCGUUCUUAUGUCACCACAGACACAAAUGAGACAAAAUCAUAGAAACGGAGGACCAAAUCAACCACCGCCGGCUACAGUUGUUGUCAGCUCUACGUCCAGCAUGAGACCCCCACCGCCGCCGCCGCCACCCCGUGUCAGGGCGUCUAACGAGGGCAAGGGGCACCACGAGGAACCUACUAGCUCCAUUCCUGAUCUAGGUAAGUCGAAUCCAGCAUUUUGGCACGUCAACCAAUUCGACGGAACCACGGUGCUGUGCCGCGUCUGCGGGGACAAGGCGUCCGGUUUCCACUAUGGGGUGCACUCCUGCGAGGGAUGCAAGGGAUUCUUCCGGCGCAGCAUUCAGCAGAAGAUUCAGUAUCGGCCUUGUACGAAGAAUCAACAGUGCAGUAUCCUGCGAAUCAACAGGAACCGCUGCCAGUAUUGCCGCCUCAAGAAGUGCAUCGCCGUCGGGAUGAGCCGUGAUGCGGUGCGAUUCGGCCGUGUGCCCAAGCGUGAGAAGGCCAGGAUUCUGGCUGCUAUGCAGCAAAGCUCCCACAGCCGUUCUCAGGAGAAGGCAGUAGCGGCCGAGCUGGAGGACGAGCAACGGCUUCUGGCCACCGUCGUGCAAGCCCAUCUCGACACAUGCGACUUCACCAGGGACAAAGUGGCUCCGAUUCUGGUCAGAGCGCGAGAGACACCCAACUAUACCGCGUGUCCGCCAACCUUGGCAUGCCCCCUGAACCCUAACCCUCAACCGUUGACGGGCCAGCAAGAGUUACUGCAAGACUUCUCGAAGAGGUUUUCGCCGGCGAUACGCGGCGUGGUGGAGUUCGCGAAACGUAUUCCUGGCUUUAGCCUGCUGGCACAGGACGACCAGGUCACGCUGCUAAAGGCGGGCGUGUUCGAGGUGUUGCUGGUGCGACUGGCGUGCAUGUUCGACGCUCAAACGAACAGCAUGAUCUGUCUGAACGGACAAGUGCUCAAACGGGAGUCCAUCCAUAAUAGUAGUAACGCGCGAUUCCUCAUGGACUCGAUGUUCGACUUCGCCGAGAGGGUCAAUUCCCUGCGACUAUCCGACGCGGAGUUGGGUCUCUUCUGUUCGAUCGUGGUGAUCGCCGCGGACCGACCUGGACUACGCAACACCGAGCUGGUCGAACGUAUGCACAAUAAACUGCGAAACGCUCUGCAGACCGUGCUAGCCCAGAACCACCCUCAGCACCCCGACAUCCUGAGGGAGCUGCUGAAGAAAAUUCCGGACCUGAGAACGCUCAACACCCUCCAUUCGGAGAAACUAUUGGCCUUCAAGAUGACCGAGCAGCAGCAGCAGAUGCAGGCUCAACAGCAACAACAGCAGCAACAGCAGCAACAAACGCAGCACGUGAUCAGUGCCCAGCAGCCGCAGCAGCACUGGCCCAUGGAGGAGGAACCACCCGCGUCCUGGGGCUCUGCCUCGGACGUCACCCUCGACGAGGCCGUGAAGAGUCCGUUGGGUAGCGUGUCGAGUACGGAGAGCACCUGCAGCGGAGAAGUCGCCUCCCUGACGGAGUACCACCACGUGCCUCCACCCACCGGCCACCACGCGUCCAGUGCACCUCUUCUGGCCGCCACCCUCGCCGGAGGACUCUGUCCACAUCGCAGGCGAGCGAACUCCGGCAGCACCAGCUCAGGAGACGACGAGUUGCACCGCGCAUCCUUGUCGAAGACUCCUCAACCGCCUCAGUGUCCGCGUUUCCGCAAGCUGGACUCUCCCAGCGAUAGCGGCAUCGAGUCCGGCACCGAAAAGCCUGACAAACCUGCGAGCAGCAGCGCGAGCAGUGCCCCAACCUCCGUCUGCUCCAGUCCUCGCUCCGAGGAUAAAGAAGUGGAGGACAUGCCGGUGCUCAAACGCGUCCUACAAGCGCCUCCGCUGUACGACACCAAUUCCCUAAUGGACGAGGCGUACAAACCCCACAAGAAGUUCCGCGCUCUGCGCCAGAAGGACAGCGCGGAGGNNGCGGAGGCCGAGCCCGCCGUGAUCGUGCAGCACACGCAGUCCCAGCUGCACCUCCACUUGACCUCGCCACCGGCGCGGAGUCCUUCGAACCAGGUGCAGCCCCAGUGCCCGCAGACCGCGAGCCUGUUGAGCAGCACGCACUCCACUCUGGCCAGGAGCCUGAUGGAGGGC